AUGGAGCACUCUUUUCGCAACUUUUCCUGCCUCUUUUUGCUGGUGGCCACUUUUGCCUUCAAUGGCAUCGUCAGCGGUCAGCAGCCCUGCGAUGAAAGCAUCAAGACGGGCUUCAUCGAGAAAAACGCCUACUACCGCCAGCUGCAUCACGUGCCGGAGCUGCUCACAGACUACGAGCCGCUGGCGGAGUGGGCGCAGCAGCUGGCCGACUACUGGCGCGAAUAUGAAAACACCGGCUACACUCCUGAACACUCAUGGCCCGGCCCGGACUUUAACUUCGUCUUCCGCCGCGUCCCGCCGACCGAAGCCCAAACGGGCGAGGCCAUCGUCACCGAGGAGUACGACCGCGGCGAGCGGGUCUACCGCGAGAAUCACCUCUACGGCACCGAGCCGAGCUCCUGGAUCAUCGGCGAGAUAGAGAACUUUACGCAGAUGGUCUGGAAGAACAGCAGCUACAUUGGCGUGGGCUGCGGCAGGAGCGACGAAAGUGGGGAGAUCUUCGUGGUGGCCGUCUACAGUCCGGGCGGUAAUCUGGUGGAUGAGUUUGCGGAGAACGUCCUGCCACCAGAUAAUAAUGAGGUUAAUCAGGAUG